CAGAGCACCAGCGCUUGCUUAGUUUUAAAAUAACCAUGCGUGCUGUGGGGAUGCUUUUCAUGCUUUUUAGCAGGGAUUUCAAAAUUGAAACCAAUAUUAAGUUGAAAUUUCAAAGCAGAAACUUUGUGUACAAGAAGUAAUUAUCAGCUCAUUUGUCUGGAGAAUAACUAAUCCAUAGAAACAAAUAAACUAAAGCUGCUACACUGCAGUAACUCAGAGACCAUGUUUAAGUCUUAGGGGAAGCCAAACAAGUGCCUCAGUAUGCUCUCUGAUUUAACGGACUGCAGGGUGAUGAAAAAACCCCCAGAAAAAACAGAAGGGAGGGGAGGAAAAGAUUUUGAUCACAUGGCCAAGAAGUCAUUCUGAAAGUGUGUUGGCAGGGUACACCCUACAGAAACAUAUGAAAACUCUUCAGAGCGAGCAAUAGCCUCCAUGCAGAGAGCAUCAUUUUCAGAGAUCUGAGUGGAUCUUACGACGUCAGGCUGCUGGAUACAAAACACAAGACGAGUGGGCAACGGAAGCAGAAAAAUGGAAAAUCACUUCUCUACUGUGAGCAGUGCCACACCUCCGUCUUCCAACACAUCCACCACCCCCAACAUCACCUCCUUUGACUGUAGGAUUGCAGCCAAUGACAUCACCUCCAGAGCGAACUACGUCUACAGUCUCUUUGCGUCUUUGGGCUUUGUCGCCGGCUGCUUCCUACUCUACAGUUUUGUGCAGACCUACAGAGCUCAGAGACGUCUGACGUGGCUCAACUUCCUCCUCUGGGCCUUCUGUGGCUUCCACCUGCUGCUGCUGCUCCUCUCCCUCCAUGCCGUCGCUUACAGACCUGCCUACCUGCAGACCUCAGGUUUAGGCUGUGCAGCUCUGUCGUUCUUCAUCAACACGGUCUCUCUGUGCAGUCUGCUGCUGUUGGUUCUCAUGGCCUACACCCUCACUCUGGACCCGCCGUCCCACAUGCUGCUGAGGAAGCCUGCAGUCUGUGUGGCUUUAGUGAUCCUGACAUCAGUGCUGGUUUGUCUGCUGCUGGCAGGGCUUCGUGGUCCAAACGAUGGUCUGCAGAAGGAAGGACCUUGUUUUAUGGAUCCAGUCAGUUCUGGUGUUUCUUAUGCUGCUGCCCGGCUUUGCCUGGUGUUUCUGAUCCCCUACAUCCUCCAGCUGGGACUCCUGAUCUGUGGCUGCGUCCGGCAGUGUAAAUCAAAAGGACGUUUCCUGUCCGGCUCUGAGGAGGGUCCCAUGUUCCUGACCGUCACCUCGGCUGUGUUUUUCUGCCAGCUCUUCUACAGCGUGGCCCUGCUGAGAGGGGCGGAGCUACAGAGCGCGAAUCUAAGCUAUCAUAAACAGGCGUUCCUGAGCGUGGCCGAGUUCGUGCUGUUCUCAGGGAGCAGCGUCAGCCUGCUGCUCGUGCUGCUCAUGCACAGGCCGUGCAGAGAGAAUCUGCGCGGAGCGUUCAGGCAGCUGAGGGACUGCUGCAGGAGACCGGGCAGAACGCAGCCACACCGGAACAUCAUCGCUCCUCACAUCGAGAUCACAGACACCCUGCAGGACAUCGAGUCAUAGAGGACUAAAACUCUAAUCUACGACUAAAAUAAGAAUUACAGACUUCCAGACUACAGAUGUAAAUUAGCUUAUCGCUAACUCUGGUAAAGCUAAUUGGCUGUACACUGUCCCUGCCAAAAUAAACAAAUAAAUGUAGUAGAACAAUCUACUUUAAACGCUUCCCCUGUCUCUUUAGCUCUUAAGUUACAAUGUCAAUUUAAUGUAAUGUUAUUUUACACAUGCAUUUUCCCUUCAAGAGUCUCAGGUGUUUUAAAAGUUUAAGUUUCCUUCUUUUGUGCUUUUUUGUUUUCAUUUUUGAU